AGAAAGGAAACAUAAUGCAGGCGGAGUCCAAUGAUGUAACAGGAAGCUCUCAUGUUUCCUGUUGAUGAUCACAUUCACUGCACUCACUUUGCUUAACAUAAUUUUUAAGCAAAUCCACAUCUAGGGAGGGCUGUGGGAUACAUUACCUUUGAAAGGAAGAAUAAUCCUGUUUCUGGUCACCCACUGGAUGUACACUUGUGAGAUCUUGCAGACAAUCAAUUAAGAAGAGUCUUCACAUGUCAGUCUCAAGAAUGGAAAAAUAUCUUCUUAUAUUUCAUAUGUUACUCAUCUGUGGUACAAAAACAGAACAGCCUCAAAGCCCGAUUGAAGUGGAGAGCCCUACAUAUGUUAGUGUUACCAAGCGCAAGAUCAUGACAGCACAGUAUGAAUGCUAUCAAAAAAUAAUGCAUGAGUCACCGCAUGGAAAUGAAGGUCACUUUUGCAACAGGACAUGGGAUGGCUGGUUAUGUUGGAACGAUUCAGUAGCAGGAGAUAUUUCUGCACAGCACUGCCCUGAUUAUUUUCAGGACUUUGAUCCAUCAGAGAAAGUUACAAAAGAAUGUGGAGAGAACGGAGAGUGGUUCAGGCAUCCAGACAGUAACAGAACAUGGACAAAUUAUACGCUAUGCAAUGCAUUCACACAUGAAAAAGUACAGACAGCCCUUAAUUUGUAUUAUUUGGCUAUUAUUGGACAAGGAUUGUCAAUUGCUUCACUUCUAAUAUCCUUGGGAAUCUUUUUCUACUUCAAAAAUUUAAGCUGCCAGAGAAUUACACUUCACAAAAAUCUUUUUUCAUCAUUUGUGUGCAAUUCAAUUGUCACUAUUAUUUUGCUGACUGCUGUGGCCAAAAACCAAGCUUUAAUUGCAAGCAACCCGAUGAGCUGCAAACUGUUUCAGUUUAUCCACUAUUACCUGAUCGGAUGCAAUUAUUUUUGGAUGUUGUGUGAAGGAAUUUAUUUACAUACACUCAUAGUUGUUGCUGUAUUUGCAGAAAAACAGCAUUUGAUAUGGUACUACUUACUCGGAUGGGGGUUUCCACUGAUUCCAGCGUUGAUAAAUGCUGUUGCCCGGACUUUGUAUUACAAUGACAACUGUUGGAUUAGCUCUGACACCCAUUUGCUGUAUAUCAUUCAUGGACCCAUUUGUGCUGCUUUAUUGGUUAACCUAUUUUUUCUGCUGAAUAUUGUACGUGUUCUAAUAACAAAAUUGAAAGUUACACAUCAAGCUGAAUCAAAUCUCUAUAUGAAAGCUGUGAGAGCAACUCUCAUCCUUGUACCUCUUCUUGGAAUUCAAUAUGUACUACUUCCUUGGAAACCAGAGGGACGGAUAGCAGAAGAAGUAUUUCACUAUGUUAUGCAUAUUGUCAUGCAUUAUCAGGGAUUGUUGGUAGCUACAAUAUUUUGUUUCUUUAAUGGAGAGGUGCAAGCUGUUCUAAAGAGACACUGGAAUCAGUACAAAAUUCAGUUUGGGAACAGUUUUGCUCAUUCUGAAGGUCUUCGAUCAGCCUCAUACACUAUAUCUUCCAUCAGUGAGGGCCCGGGCACAACAUAUACUCAUGACUAUAACAGCGAGCAGACAAAUGGAAAAAAACACCAUGAUAUGGAAAGUGUUGCUUUGAAAACUGAAAAACCAUAUAUGUGAAAUGUUUUUUUCUGAUGUAAUAUUUGUUUCUAUAUAACUGCUGUUUAACUUUCCACUGUAAUAUCUACUACACACGUAUUAAGAGUGACUCAGUAUAUAUAAUUUUUAUGUCAAGUAUAUUUGAUGUAAACUGCAUUAAAAUUUGUUUGCACUUGUAUUAAGUUUGGGAUCCGGAUUGAAAGUCGACAGUAACUAGGUCGACAAUGUCUAGGUCGACCACUAUUGGUCGACAGUAACUAGGUCGACAGGGUCAAAAGGUCGACAGGGUCUAGGUCGACAGGUCAAAAGGUCGACAUGAGUUUUUCACAAUUUUUUUCUUUUUUUUAACCUUUUCAUACUUAACGAUCCACGUGGACUACGAUUGGAACGGUAAUCUGUGCCGAGCGAAUCGGUAGCGGAGCGAAGGCACCAUGCCCGAAGCAUGGCGAGCGAAGCUAGCCAUGCGAGGGGACGCGGUGCAGUAAUUGGGGUUCCCGGUCACUCUACGAAGAAAACGACACCAAAAUAACAUUAAAAACUCAUGUCGACCUUUUGACCUGUCGACCUAGAACAUGUCGACCUUUUGACCGUCGCCCUAGUUACUGUCGACCAAUAGUGGUCGACCUAGACAUUGUCGACCUAGUUACUGUCGACUUUUAAUACCACACCCAUUAAGUUUAUACAACAGGUCUGUGAUUGAUGAAUUAUUGAAGUUUAUGUUAAGACAGUAUUUCUCUAAGUAUUUGUUUUCGUUAUUUGCCAAUUGUAUAAGCCUUGUUUUGUUUUUCAUUACAGUGACUUGGUCAUCAGAAAUCUGUAAUUUAGACUAUAAAACAUUCAACUAAAAGCUCUUUAUACUGCCAUAAAUAACACAUUUUGACAAUAUGUUGCCUUUAUGCACGUUUUUGUGUGCUUUUCUGUUUGUAUCCCUUAUGUAAUAAAGAAAACCAAACACAUA